CGGGGUCAACUAGUACAUUAUUGUUUUCCGGCAAGUCCACUUGCUUCUAUCAUCAUCUCUAACGUCGGCAACAAUACACAUCCGGCGACGUUUUCCCAGUAAUCCACUUGCAUCUAUCAUCAUUUUUGACGUCGCCGGUCCAGCCAUCAGAAUCGCCGGGUUCCGGUCCGACCACCAGUCGUGAAAACAUUGGCCAAUAGAGAAAAAAAAUGCAAUUUUUUUCGGCAUUUCCUUUCUUGUUUCUAUCAAUAAUUAUAUGUUUUGUGAAUAGUGUUGACAGUGAACAAGGGUUUUGUUCUGCAUCAUCCAUAGUUAAUUCCAAUUCAAAUAAUCAACCCCUUUAUUCUAAAGUCAUUAAUCCCACUCUUUCUCCUUUUCAUUUACAAGAUUUGCCAGGGUUUACUAGAAGUGUGUAUAGAAGUGAUCAUGCUUUGAUCACUCCGGAAAGUCACGUUUUUAGCCCAUUGCAUGAUUGGAGCAACACAUUGGGAGCAUAUUUAGUGUCACCAGCAAUGGGUGCACAUUUUGUUAUGUAUAUAGCAAAGAUGCAAGAAAAUUCUAAAUCAGGGCUUCCUCCAAAGCACGUAGAGAGGUUUGUAUUUGUGCUUCAAGGGUUGGUUACACUCACUAAUGUUACCGGUAUUGGCCAAACAUUGACGGUAGACUCGUAUGCUUACCUGCCUCCUAACUCGAAGCAUCUCUUUGAAAGUUAUGAAUCUGCUACAAUAGUUGUAUUUGAAAGAAGAUAUGCUUACCUGGAAAAUCAUACUCCUGAGCCAAUCGUUGGCUCCACUGACCAGCAACCACUUCUUGACACCCCUGGAGAGGUAUUCGAACUGCGGAAGCUUCUUCCUACAUCCCUGCCUUAUGACUUCAACAUUCAUAUCAUGGACUUUCAACCCGGAGAAUAUCUCAAUGUAAAGGAAGUCCAUUAUAAUCAGCAUGGUUUGUUACUCCUGGAGGGACAAGGCAUUUAUCGUCUGGGUGAUAGUUGGUAUCCAGUUGAGGCUGGAGAUGCGAUUUGGAUGGCUCCGUUUGUGCCUCAGUGGUAUGCUGCGCUCGGUAAAGUUCGGUCACGCUAUUUACUCUACAAAGAUGUAAACAGAAAUCCGUUGUAACCACACGAUGAACUCACAUAUUAGAUGGGUUAUUGGAGGUGAAAGCUUUAAUUAUUAAAACGAAGUGGCACAUGCAGCUGUUUAAGAUUUGAUUCUGUCAUAACUAUUGUGGAAAUUUAGUUAAUUGCCCACUUAUUUUAAGUAUGCAUUACAAUAACACACCAAAAUCUUUCGUUUUUGUAUUUGUGUAUGAUGGUAUAUUUUGUAAAUUUUCUCCACUUGAGAAGUAUGUUAAUGGGGAUUUAGGUCCUUCAAUCUGGUUCUUUGCAGAAUUGAAGGACUUAAAAAGGCCACUUCAAUGACAUUUUAAGUUUUUAUGUUAAUUAGAAUUUCGAAAAUUCUACACA